CGGUUCCUGCAGCUUUUUGAUUCGAUUUCAUGCCGCCGCUAUGUGGUACGUGGACCUGUCCGAUGUGCUGUUAUGUGUAGCGAUAUUCUUCUUAUUCUUUGUAAUAUUCCUUACGGCGGUGCUGUACGCCACUACGACCCGCACUCCACUCAUAAUCCGCUAUGAAGAUGAAAUGACUUUCAAGGACCCGGCCCAGCCGGGAACUCGGAUACCUUUUCCACAUCUCAAAGAUGAACCGACAAUCGACUUGUCGGUCAUUGUACCGGCUUAUGAAGAGGAGAAAAGAUUGCCACCAAUGCUUGAUGAAUGCUUAGAGCAUCUAGAAAAUAAGCAGAAAUCAAACAAGAACUUCAAGUACGAAGUGAUCUUAGUUGACGAUGGAAGCAGGGACAGAACGUCUGAAGUGGGGCUCAGCUACUGUCUGAGACAUGGCUCUGAAAGAGUCAGGGUACUAACUCUAGUCAAGAACAGGGGCAAGGGAGGAGCAGUACGAAUGGGCAUGCUGAGUGCCCGCGGCAAACUGCUAUUGUUUGCCGACGCGGACGGUGCAACACGAUUUUCUGACAUUGAGAAGCUCAAUGAUGCUAUGGAGGAGCUUCAGGAGACGAGCGAUACAUCGGUCGUGGUGGGAUCACGUGCUCAUUUAGAGAAAGAUUCCAUAGCUACGCGUUCCAUUUUCCGAACCAUUCUCAUGUUUGGUUUCCACUUCCUGGUGUGGCUCUUUGCGGUCCGAGGCAUCCGAGACACACAGUGUGGUUUCAAGCUCUUCACGAGGGAGGCAGCAAAGUACCUCUUUGCAUCACUACACGUUGAGCGAUGGGCAUUUGAUGUUGAGAUGCUGUACUUGGCACAGAAGCUUGGGUUUCCAAUGAAGGAGGUCGCAGUCCACUGGACUGAAAUUGAAGGUUCGAAGGUAGUUCCGUUCUGGACAUGGCUGGAGAUGGGACGGGACCUCUUCCUUAUCUGGAUGAGAUAUACUGUUGGGGCGUGGACAAUAGCCAUCCGUCCGGAAAAAGAGAAAUAGUGCUCUGACUAUACAUUCUGUUCCUAUUGUGUAAUGUAAAGAAAUGACUGUUGAUGUACAGCUGGACAAUUUGUGAGGCACUUUGGGCACAAGAGGCAUUUUUGCAUCAUUAAAGUGUGUUUUACAUUAUUUGUAAGCAACA